AUGUCCACCUCUCGUGCCACUUCAGCCAAGCAGGUUACUUGGUUGUCGAAAGUGAUUGGAGGUUACGUCUUUGACUAUGAUUACUACAGAGAUGAUUUCUACAACCGGUUGUUUGAUUACCACGGCCGUGUCCCCCCACCACCCCGUGCAGUGAUUCCCCUGAAGCGUCCCCGUGUGGCUGUGACAACAACUCGCAGAGGCAAAGGAGUAUUCUCCAUGAAAGGAGCAUCACGAUCCACCUCAAGUGGGGCUUCUUCCUCAGGAUCCAAAUCACCCACCUGUCUUCCCCUGCCCCUUAUGUGGAGUGAUACUGUCCUUGGAAGCGCCACUGGAAGAGGAAGAGAAAGAUCAG